AUGUGGUCGAUAGUAUUGCUGGCCGUGGCAGCUGCGGCGCGGGAUGUUACCGAUGACGAGUACGCAAAAUUUCCGCGUCUGUAUCACCUGGAUGAUUACACCAGUUGUCUCUCACAAACAAAUGGAUUGUACUGCCUUGGUACCUUCCAGAUAUCGCCUCUCAAAGAGCCUGAUCCUACGUAUAAUUUGAUUAAGGAGUAUUCCCAAGAUCCUCACCACUUCAAUCGUACAGAACUUCACCGUGGUUAUUGCCUGAGUUCGCGAUGCCCUGCGCUUGCCACCGAACGGAACACAUCCCUUCGUUUCGAGCUCUGUGCAGCUCAUUGGGGGCGUCGACGUUCUUUACGUACAGAAUUAUCAAAGCUGAGUUACUGUCGAACGCAUGCGCAGGAGUACUCGCGGAUACACAAUCCUGAACCUCUUGAUGUAUCACAGAGAGUGUUUCUGUUCGUUUUUGCAGCAUUGGUAUUGUUGAACAUUAUUGGAACAACAUACGAUGUGUUGAUGGGAGUUAACGCUAAAAAGAACCUUUUUUUAACGGCAUGGUCUGUUCGUGGCAACUGGCAGCGGUUGACGGCCUCCUAUGAGGAUGGGGACCCAAGGCUCUCCGCGCUGGCACCUGUCCAAGGAAUGCGAGUACUCCUCAUGGUCUUGAUCAUAGCCACACACAGCGCCUGCAUCCACGAUAUGUUGUAUCUCUAUAACCCUAGAUGGAUUGAGCAGAUUUCCAGGCACCCAGUAUUGAUGAUUUUCCUGAACGGCACUUCAGUGGUGCAGGUGUUCGUGAUGCUGUCCAAUUUCCUUCUCGCCUAUAACAUGCUUCUCUUCGCAAAAUCUAAUAAACUAUCCUUCAAGAUGUUGCCAUUAAUCAGUCUUAAAAGAAUCACAAGAAUAUCGCCAGUACACUUGUUAGUGGUGGGUUAUGCGGCGACAUGGUGGCCUCGUGCUAACUCGGGCCCGAUGUGGCCAGCGACUGUGAACGUUGAGAGCGAAGCCUGUCGUCAAAAGUUCUGGACACAUGUAUUCUAUGUCAAUAAUCUCAUAGAUCCUGAGAAUGUUUGCCUGAUUCAGACCUGGUUUCUGGCAGUAGAUAUGCAGCUCUACUUUGUAGCAGCUGUCCUCACACUCUGCCUUGCCUCGCUAAGACGACGAGCUCUACCGAUCUUGGCCGCUCUGGUCGUGGCAUCAUCUGCUCUGAACGGAGUCCUGGCAUAUAUCAACAACUGGCAGUCCCUUAUGUUUUUCGCUUAUCCAAGCACACUAAAAACAAUGUACCGUGGCAUUCCUUCGUUCACCCGACUGUACCAGUCACCCUGGGGGAGUCUGCCAGGGUGUCUCGUUGGGUUAUUCGGUGCAUUUCUGCACUUCGAAAUGCAAGAGGCUUCAGUAAAACUUGCCUCGUAUAGAUGGUUAAAACCCCCGUACUACAUAGCCCCUGCAGCAAUGGUCAGCUGGAUGAUUUCAGGGUACUACUUGAAGGAAUACACGGACCCCUGGUUUGUCGCCACUUACGUAGCCAUUGAACGACCUGCGCUCAGUAUAUUGGGAGGCUUGGUGGUCAUCGGUAUGGUAAAUGGCCUUGAAGGUUGGUUGAAGCAUUUUUUAGCGUGGCGAGGCUGGUAUGCCAUGGGCCGCAUGUCUCUGUCAGUGCUCGCCGUACACUGGUGCAUCAACAUGACCAUCGCUGCUGCCAGAGCACAGCCUAUUAGUUCCUCAUUUCUAUCUGUAGUACGUGACACGAUAACAACAGGAUGGUUCUCAUACAUCGUUGCAAUACCGUUGACCACUAUGGUGGAAAUGCCCGUCCAGAGGUUAGUUGCUGCUCUGUCCUUCUGA